AUGGAAGUUGCAUGUACCGAUGAGGUUAAGGUUUAUAAAGACGAAGGUGAGGAAGAUGAGCAGAAAAAGUCGUCGGAAAACUUAACUGAAGAUAAAGUGGGUCUGGUGAUUGAGGGUGAAGGUCAGUGUACACAGAAAGGAUCAUUCAAUUUUGGAUUCUUAUCUCUAGAUGAUUAUUACCAUUCAUUCUUUCCGCUGCCAUUUGUUACCGGUUCUCCAUCAUUUCCUGUCAAUGCUUCUUCAUAUGCAGCAGCCGCUGCGGCUGUGGCGGCCGCAGCUGCUGCUGCAGCGGCCGCUCAUCAACAGGGUCAAGAUGUUCCAAAUCAAUUCUCCUAUCCUACUUCAUCAUUGUCAUCACCACAUUCUUGUGGAUCUGAUACAUUUGGAAGGUCAGCUCAUAUAACUAAUGAAGGAAGGAAAUCACAACUAAAUGAAACAUUAACUGAUUUAAAUACUGAUGACCCUGUAUUACGAUGUGCUAAUCCCUUGACAAAUCGGUUUCAGUCUGCUUCUGGUUGUCAAACUAGUUGUGUUUCUCCAAUGUUUCCUUCCUUUGGUGGACUCUCCCCAUCGUUAAGUGCUUUCAUGGCUGCACCAUUCUACAGUGUCGCUUUACAAGCAGCUGCAGUGGCUGCAGCGGUAUCAUCUGGUUCAUCUAGUCCAAAAUUGCAAUCAACAUCUUGGCCACAACCAAGUGUUCAUUCACCUGUGCCUUUUAGAAUUCCAACUCCUAAUCCUUCGUCAUCCAAUUUUAAUGUUUAUGAUAAUUUAUCUCCACAAAAUAAAUCAUCGUCUUCUGUUAUAGCUGUAGCCGCAGCGGCAGCGGCAGCAGCUGCCCUCAGUCAAUCACCGUCGUCGACAUCCGCCACAGCGGCAGCUGCAUUUCAUUCAGAGUUAAUAAAAGCAGCAAAUUUAUAUAAAAUUAAUAAUUCAAAUCAACGAUUUUUGUCAAAUCAGAAUCCAUAUCAUCAUUCCCUUACUCAUGAUAGUUUAUUAUCACUAUGCACUAAUAGUAGUAAUCAGUCAUUAUCCAAUACUCUACCAUUGAAUAUUGAUAAUUCAAUUAAUAUCCAUAAUACCGCUUCUGAUAAUGUGAUCAUCGGUAGUAGUUUACGUGCCUCCAAUAAAUCAAUAUCGACAAAUUUGCCUUCACGUUCAUGUACAUUGACUAGUUCCAAAUUAGAUCAGUUCAAUUCAUCAAUUAAUCUUCAAAUAAAAACUGAAAAUGAUAAUUUUACAAACAAACACUUGACGGAAUUUUCAAGUUUAGAUAAUAGCAAUAAUAAAUCAAUUCAUAAUGAACGACUUGUUAUUCCAUCAAAUUCUUUUAGUGAACAAGGUCUUUCAUAUGAUUGUCAAAGAAGAUUAGGAUCGUCUACAUCAACAUGGACUACUAACUUAUCGGUAAAAUCAGAUUCAGAAGAAAAUCAGUUAAACCGUAGUUUAUUCACUGAUUGUUCUCAACGUGCUACGGCAGCGGCUGCCGCGGCGGCGGCUGCAGCAGCAGCUCAUGUCCAUUUUCUUUCAAGUUUAGCAGUGGCUGCAGCAGUUCACUCAUCAGCGUCAUCAUCAUCAUCUCCGACUCCUGCACCUCAAUUAUCUUCAUUACAUAACAGUAGUAGUUUAUCACCAAUACUAUCCCGUAAUAAUUCAGUCGAUUCAAAUUUACAACAUUCCAUUUCAUCACAUCUUGAUAUUACACAAUCAUCUUCAGUAUUGACUUCACAAGAGCCAUUAUUCUCUUUUACUGCUUCCCAACUUAAAUUACGUCAUACAAAUACCACAGAUAAUGUUGCUCAUCAAAUUUCUGGUCAUUUAAAACCAUUUAAGUCUUUUGGUUCAAUCACUGAUAAUGUAUGCGCAUCAUCUCAUAAUACAUUUCAUAAAUCAAUUAAUGAUCCUUCAAUUAUGAAACAUUCAGAAAUGAUCACAUCGACAAAUUCAUUGCCAAUUUCUUUUCCAUCUACAUGUUUUGUCAAUCCAUCACUUUGUUAUAAUUUUCAAAGGAAUUCUCCUGAAUUAUCAAUAGAUAAUACAUUAGGAUCACAUUAUCAAGUGUGUAAUAAUCGAAUGUAUUCUAGUCCCCUUGGAGUAAAUCCUUUAAAAUUGCCUACGUUGACAUGUACUACAUGUACUAUUACUAAUACUACUACUAUUACUACCACUACUAGUAGUAGUAAUAAUAAUAAUAAAAGCAAAAAUGCUACUACUAUCACUACUACUCAUAAUGAGACAAGUAGUUUUGACGAUGAUAAUGAUGAUGAUGAUGAUGUUGUUGUUGAUCAUAGAAGUAAUAAUAAUAAUGACAAUAAUAAUAAGGAUCAUUGUAAUCCACCUCAUCAACAGCAAAUAAUCAAUUCAACAUCGAAUUCCAAUUCAACUAAACGUGUUCAUAUUAAAAAACCAUUAAAUGCAUUCAUGUUAUUUAUGAAAGAUAUGCGACCAAAAGUACAAGAAGAAUGUACAUUAAAAGAAUCAGCUGCAAUUAAUCAAAUUCUAGGCAAAAAAUGGCAUGAAUUAUCACGUGAAAAACAAGCAAAAUAUUAUGAAUUAGCUAGAAAAGAAAAAGAACUUCAUCAUCAGCUGUUUCCUGGCUGGUCAGCAAGAGAUAAUUAUGCUAUACAUUCGAGACGUAAGAAGAAACGAAAAUUGGCAGCUGCAGCAGCUGUUGCACAAACGAAAAUUCAUUCAACCAGUGGUAAAACUCUUGGUAACACUGGUAUUCACUUAUCUUCGGAAUCCGGUGGGGAUUUUGGCAAUUCCGAUUCAAAUGAAGAGCGUACUAAUAGACUAUCUGUAUUAGUAGGUAAUACAAACUCUACGGAUAUAAGCAGUGCUAAAAAAUGUCGUGCACGUUUUGGUUUAGAGCAUCAAAAUCGUUGGUGCAAACCAUGCAGACGAAAGAAAAAAUGUAUUCGUUUCUUAACAGAUACUGAAUUUGAAGAUGAGAAUAAUUUUCCAGUAUCUCCUAUAUCACCAUCUACAACAUUGAAUAAUUCAGAAAAACCAUCUAGAUCAUUAACAACGACAACAACUACACCAUCAUCAUCAUCAUCAUCACCAGUAACGAUAGCAUCAUCUCAACAAUCAAAUCUUCCUAACUAUUGUCAAUCAAAACAUUUUUAUACAUCAUCAACUGAUCUAAUUAGUGGAUUGUAUCCUAGUAACAGUACUACUACUACUACUAAUAGUAAUAGUGAUAAUAAUAAUAGUCUCUGGUCAAAUUAUACACCAAAUUUUCAUCGUGUUAUAUCAUCGAUGAGUGAACGACGAUCAGUUGAUCAUUCAUUAUCACAGAAUAAUCAUCCUAAAAUGAAUGAUCAAAAUUUCAUUGAUGAAUCUUUAUUAACCUAUAUGUCAAGAGGUUCACAUUAUUUAUCCGAUCAUAGUAAUUCCAUAAUAUCACCAUUUACUUCAACGGUUAUCUCUGAUAUCAUUCAUGCAAAUGUUUUAUCCAAUAAUCAAAUUGAAAAAUCUUCAAAUUCUUUAAUUUCAACACAUUGUACAACUAUAUCACCACCACCACCACCUCCACCCCCACCAUCAUCAACAUCAUCAUCUUCUUCUUCUUCGUCGAUUUCAUUAUCGAAAUGGUCUCAAAAACAUUUAUUCAAUCUUGCUACAUUACAAAAUAUUUCUUCAGGUAAAUCUAAUUUAUAUUUAAAUGAUAGUAAAAUAGCUUCCAGUCCUUCUUCUCCUAUUCCAUUAUAUUCAACACAAUUUAUAUCACAGUUACCAUCAUUAUCAUUAUCAUCUCAAGAAGAGAAUUUCAAUAUGAAUUGUUGUAUAUCAUCUCCAUUAUUAUUAUCAUCAUCAUCAUCAUUAUCAGAUUUAUCACAUAAUAAUUGUGAUAAGAUAAUCAACAAUACUACUACUAAUACUACUAAUAUUAGGAGAAAUCAUAAUCAUCAUAUUAAACGAUUUAUGCCUAUUCAUCAUUAUAAUCAUCAUAUAAAUACAUCAGUUUGUUGUACAACUAAUACUACUACUACUACUAAUAUACCAAUAAUGAGUAGUAGUGGUAGUAGUAUUAGUCAUAAUGUUAAUAUUUAUAAAUCCCAGUGACAUUCAUAAAAAUACUUUUAUUUAUUUAAAUGCAAUAAGGGAUAUUCACUUAUCUCUUAUUGAAUAUAUUUCUCUUUCAUCCAUUUUUCUAGGUUUUUAUUCUAUUUUUAUUUUAUGUUAUAAAUAUCAUUUCUUUCUUUGUUUUUUUUUGUUGUUGUUGUUAUUGAAAGAAUCAUAUUACGUCAUCAUUAAGAGUAAGGCUAUCUUGUUCCUCUUCUUCUCACUUUUCUCUAUUCUUGACAACAAUGUCUUGAUGAAUACAUUUUCUAGAUUUACGUGUGUGUGUGGAUCCUGAUCAUCACCACAAGUUUGUUUGUUUGUUUGUUGUUCAGCGCCGACAUAUUCCAACAAUGAAUGAUAUUAGUCUUAUUCUCCUGUGAUGUGAUUAUCUUCUAGGUACAUUAUUUAUUGAUUUAUUUUUAUUUCUCUACUAUUACAUAAUCACUUUUUUUUGUUUUGUUUCUAAAGCGCCUAAUCAUCAUCACCAUCACCAUCAGUUUUCUUCUCUUUUUUCUCUUUAAAUUAACUCUUGUUUUUAUUCUGUUGUAUAUUUAUAUAAAUCUUCUUCAUUGUUUUGCAUCAUUAUGUAACCGUUUGUUUGGUGUUGUUGUGGUUGCUGAUCCAUCAAAAUGAAACUUCUGUUCAAGUAUUCAAUAUCAUUUGAUCGGCAAUUACUGUUUAUUAAUCUUAUAGGUAUUUUAUUAUUUAUUUAUUUAUUUAUUUAUGUAAUUUUGUUUUUAUAAUUAUUUAUUUUAACCAUUUUUUUGUAAAUAUUAACCAUCAGUUUACAUUCUCUAUUCUCUUCCUUGUUGUUGUUGUUGUCGUCGUC